AUGGCUGCAAACAUCGUGAACUGUCAACUGGUGCCUUUUUCCAACGCCUCGGGCUUCGGCGUUCACUGGAAAUGGGACAAGCCGCCGCCAAGCAGUGCCAUACUCAUCGAGUUCGCCUACUCUCGACUGCCUCAUCCUCGUCCAAACAUCUCUUUCCUCUCAGGUCCCGAUGUCCUUGGCCAUUCGCGACAGCAACUUCACCGAGUCUGGAUUGAGCCCAGCCAACCGGCCCCAUAUUUCCCUUUGGUUGGCCUCGACUCUGACACCAAUUACUGCGUUUGCCUCUCCGCCACAUUGAACAACUCCGCAGAGCCGACCAGCCUGCCCUUGAUCACUUGUCCUCGCCAAUUUACCGCCAGCACCAGCACGACCGGUGUCUGUCGGUCUGGCUGGACCACACUUUCUGACGCCACUUCUGAAGGCGUCACCACUGCCACGCAGACCUCGGAAAGCACCGGCCUCCGAGCGAACAAUGUGACUGGAGUCACUCUUGGCAGUUCUCUUGGCGCCUUCAUCACACUCCUAUUGAUAAUUGUACUCGUUUUUCUCAGUCAACGAGGUGAAAUCGAGUGUACAUGCAAUCGAAAUCGCACGAAAAAGGUUACAAACCCGAUUUUAGCCAGACGCAUUUCAAUCGCUGAGACUGGCGUUAGUGGCGCUCGUGGAAAUGGCCACUUCAGGAAUGAUGAGUACAACGAGGACCACGAGGAUCCCGAGGAGGCUAGACUGAGUUGGCAGGUGAUGAAUAAAGGCGAGAAUGGUCCCCGAGGCCAAGGGUCACAACAGGCGAAUUGCCGCAAUCGGGGCUAUCUCCACAACCUCCACUCGUCUCGGCCAGCGCCCACAUGUCGACGCUUGAGCCACGCCAGAAUGAGUAUCACUGAUUUCAUAGAUCCAGACGCAGCGGCCAGGCAACCGCGGAGGAGGCUUCCUUCCCUUCAUAGCAAGCGUCGUCUCGGCGACAAAAGUGAUAUCGCUACCUCCAAUAGUACAAGUAGCAGAUCCUCAUCAGCCAACUCUUCCGUCUCUUCUCAUCACGAACCGAAAUAUUACAGCGAGGUGAAGAGGGCGCUCCACACUGACAAAUCCGGUCUGCAGGCCAAUGAGUCUGAGGUUAAGAUAAUCUUGCUGGAGGAGGUGGACGGAAGCGAUGAUGAUAACGCACCUACGAGAUCUUCGGCUCCUGUAGAUCAAGAAACAUUAGCUGACCAUAAAAACUUUUCAAACACUAUCACUUCAGAGGUCCGCAGUUCAUUGUCCGACGAUCGGCAGGGCGAAAGUUCCCAACACAUUACAGUUAUUCCCUCAUUGAACGAUAACUUCGGUUGGUCUUCAGUCCUUGGUCCAAUCAAAUCGUCCCGAAUGGUGGACCAAAAGGCUUCCAAGGGCACAGUCGAACAAAUGCGAAGCCAGCUGCAUGGUCGUGUGACUAAUGCGUACUUAAUGGUCAAUAGGCCUGAUGGCGACGACGGCGAAGAGGGUAAACACCCUAUUGAUGGUAUUGGAUCGCUCGUCUUGAACCCCGAUGCCUUUAAUGGCAGAAGAUUUCGCAGUGCUAGUCUCUAUACUCUCGACAUGAGCCCUAGGGAACAGAAAACAGGAGACGGAUAUUCUCUUUUGUUGGGGAUGCCAAAGCGAUGUGAUCACUCUCAGGUGAAAAAUUCAUAUUCACGUCAGGACGAGCGAAAGAAGAAUGGGCGUCGAGUACAAGGCAGCACUAGAAAAAGUUCCAAAGCAGCACCCUCCUUUUUCUAUCCUCAUCUUCACAACCCUCCACCCUCGGAGGCACAAGAAGACGGCACUGGUCAAUCGCUUGUUCCUUGUUCUUGCGGAAUGAUACAUGUCUUAGAAGCUCAUCCAGAUGACAUUGAUUCUUAA